AUGGAAUCCUUCAAAAUGGUUUGGUUUGGAAAUAAAUAUAUACAAAAAAAUAAAAAAUUAACAUCUAAUUAUUUAUUUAUACCUAGGUUGUGGAAUCACUAUUUAGAGUUUUAUUUAAUGCUAAUUAUAUUAUAUACACUGAAUUCACUCGCACAUUGUUUUGUUAUUUCUAAUAUCACUAAAACAGUCCCGUUUUACAAGUGCAAUAGUAGACUAAAUGUUUUAUUAGAUGAAGAUGAAGGUAACGAGUUUUUUAACCAUGAGGAAGUCAUUGAGGAAAAACAGCCUAAAAGUAGAAAAAACAAACUCAAUUAUACACAAAAACUCAAUAUCAGCAGACCAAUAAAUAAGAAUGUCAAAACGAGAUACAAAUUACAACAAUUCCCAAAAAAACAAGGAGUCACCAAGGACGGAUCCUACAAGUUCUGCUCAAAUUUACGAAUCUGUGGAGGCGCAAUUCGAGGAAGGAAGCUUUGUAUUCCUCCAAUAUACGUCAGACCAGUUAUGUCCAGGGUUAAAGUAAGCGUAUUCAACUACUUGAACAGUCUAAACAUGUUCUCAAUAGAUAAAGAAACAAAUGUGAUUGACCUGUACUGUGGAACUGGCUCCUUGGGAUUAGAAUCGUUGUCCUACGGCUCUUCAAAGUGUACUUUUGUUGAUAUUUCCCUAAAAUGCCUUAAAGCCGUGAGUUUGAAUUCACAAAAGUGCGGCUAUCAAGAUAAAUGCCGUAUUAUAAGAUGUGAUUCCAUGGAGUUGAUAAGCAGCCCGCACUUGUACAAUAUUAACGAGAAGUUUGAUUUAAUGUUUGUGUCGCCGCCGUAUGAAGAAGUGGUUUACUCUGAAAUACUUGAGACCGUUAAUGAAAGGUUGUUUGGUAUAAAGAAUAAAAAAUACGGGAGAACAGUUAUCGCAAUCUACGUUCAUGACCCUUCAAGUAAUAAACAGCCCCUAAUAGAAAAGGGUUUGGAGAUGUUUUUAAAGGAUGUAAAGAAGAAGAAAGUAACUGUUGAAGAUAAUGUAUUUGUAAUAUAUAAUACGUGA